AAGUUGGUCACAAAUCACAUUAGCUUUGCCCGAAGUUUUUCCCCACAGUCUUCUUUAGCAUGCUAUUAUGGGGAAAGUGACCACUCCUGGGAGCGGGGGUGGUCGGGGCGGUUUGGUGGCGGGGAAGCGGCUGUAACUUCUACGUGACCAUGGUACCUGUUGAAAACACGGAGGGCCCCAGUCUGCUGAACCAGAAGGGGACAGCCGUGGAGACGGAGGGCAGCGGCAGCCGGCAUCCUCCCUGGGCGAGAGGCUGCGGCAUGUUUACCUUCCUGUCAUCUGUCACUGCCGCUGUCAGUGGCCUCCUGGUGGGUUAUGAACUUGGGAUCAUCUCUGGGGCUCUUCUUCAGAUCAAAACCUUAUUAGCCCUGAGCUGCCAUGAGCAGGAAAUGGUUGUGAGCUCCCUCGUUAUUGGAGCCCUCCUUGCCUCACUCACCGGAGGGGUCCUUAUAGACAGGUAUGGAAGAAGGACAGCAAUCAUCUUGUCAUCCUGCCUGCUUGGACUCGGAAGCUUAGUCUUGAUCCUCAGUUUAUCCUACACGGUUCUUAUAGUGGGACGCAUUGCCAUAGGGGUCUCCAUCUCCCUCUCUUCCAUUGCCACUUGUGUUUACAUCGCAGAGAUUGCUCCUCAACACAGAAGAGGCCUUCUUGUGUCACUGAAUGAGCUGAUGAUUGUCAUUGGCAUUCUUUCUGCCUAUAUUUCAAAUUACGCAUUUGCCAAUGUUUUCCAUGGCUGGAAGUACAUGUUUGGUCUUGUGAUUCCCUUGGGAGUUUUGCAAGCAAUUGCAAUGUAUUUUCUUCCUCCAAGCCCUCGGUUUCUGGUGAUGAAAGGACAAGAAGGAGCUGCUAGCAAGGUUCUUGGAAGGUUAAGAGCACUCUCAGAUACAACUGAGGAACUCACUGUGAUCAAAUCCUCCCUGAAAGACGAAUAUCAGUAUAGUUUUUGGGAUCUGUUUCGUUCAAAAGACAACAUGCGGACCCGAAUAAUGAUAGGACUAACACUAGUAUUUUUUGUACAAAUCACUGGCCAACCAAAUAUAUUGUUCUAUGCAUCAACUGUUUUGAAGUCAGUUGGAUUUCAAAGCAAUGAGGCAGCUAGCCUCGCCUCCACUGGGGUUGGAGUCGUCAAGGUCAUUAGCACUAUCCCUGCCACUCUUCUUGUAGACCAUGUCGGCAGCAAAACAUUCCUCUGCAUUGGCUCCUCUGUGAUGGCGGCUUCGUUGGUGACCAUGGGCAUUGUAAAUCUCAACAUCCACAUGAACUUCACCAAUAUCUGCAGAAGCCACAAUUCUAUCAACCAGUCCUUGGAUGAGUCUGUGAUUUACGGACCAGGAAACCUGUCAGCCAACAACAAUACUCUCAGAGACCACUUUAAAGGGAUUUCUUCCCAUAGCAGAAGCUCACUCAUGCCCCUGAGAACUGAUGUGGAUAAGAGAGGGGAGACGACCUCAGCAUCCUUGCUAAAUGCUGGAUUAAGCCACACUGAAUACCAGAUAGUCACAGACCCUGGGGACGUCCCAGCUUUUUUGAAAUGGCUGUCCUUAGCCAGCUUGCUUGUUUAUGUUGCUGCUUUUUCAAUUGGUCUAGGACCAAGAGAUGUUAUCUUCAUCGGACAGUCAACAAACUUGCCCUUUGCUCCAGAGGGUGACACUAUCUCUAUCUCCAAGACUAUUUAUUAUGCAGCCUACAACAAGGCUAUUAUACAAACAGCCUUGGAAAGACAGCCUAGAGCAAAGACAGUCAGUGCCUUUUCCCAUAAGACAUGAAGAAAUGUGAGAGACCUACGGAGAACUGGCUCCCAAAUAUUCUAAAACUCAAAUGUCUUUCUUUCUAUUCGAAACAACAAACUAGAAUUUUGAAAAACUCAAAGACCAUAGAGCCUAGCUUUUUGCUCUGUUUGGUUUUAUGGAGCUGAACCAGCCUAUUGGAGGGUGGGUAUCAAUGUUGGAAGCAUGAGUCAUCUGCCGUAAAAUUUAAACUUAGAUUUAAACAAAUAACUCUGGCUCUUAAAAAUUUUGUUCAUUGGAUAUUUGCACAGCUAAAGAUUAUGACAGCUCCAAGGAUGUGGAGCAGCAGGUUCUAAUUUGGAAGUUUACUUAGUGGCUUCAUUUCAAGACCUACUGGGUUUAAGGCAAAGAGGCUGACAUUGCAGAAGCACAGGGGUUUCAAAAAAGAUUCUGGUAUUCUUCUGAUUUCCUCCAAGGCUCCAGGUCCCUAACACGCAGAACCACCACAGCCAAAGGCUUUUUCUCUGCUCAUCUUCCUCUUCCACCAUUCUUAUGGGAUAAUUACAUCUCUUCAGAGAAAAGGCAAUUUCAGACAUUGUUAUUUUUUUGAACAGGAGAGGGUUAUUUAUUUUUUAAAUAUAUAUUUAUUUCCAACUUUUAAGUUCAGGGGUACGUGUGCAGGAUGUGGAGGUUUGUUACAUAGGUAAACGUGUGCCAUGGUGGUUUGCUGCACAGAUCAACCCACCACCUAGGUAUUAAGCCCAGCAUCCAUUUGCUAUUCUUCGUGAUGCUUUCCCUCCCUCCACACACUCCUUCGACAAGCCCCAGUGUGUGUGUUGGUCCCCAUCCCCCACAUGUUUCCAACAGUGUAAAAGUGUUAACAGGAGAGUUUUAUUAUUAAAUGUAGCCAUUAUACAAUAAUAGUCAUGUGAGUUUAUGUUGUGCCUCUACCUUUAAGAUCUUUCAAAUCUUGUUUUUCCCUUUAAAUCUUAAAUUUCAGUUAUCACCAAUAUUUACACAAACACUGUUCCUUUUUCUCAACUAAUUAAGUCAAAGGUCAUUUAGAGUGAUUGGAAUGGUGAAUUAUUAUAUGGAAAACAGCAUCCAUGUGGUUCUGUACUAACUUUGCAUCCAAACAACCAGGAAAAACUUAAAGAAAUAGGUGCACUUAGUUAAUUAAAUCCUGUUUUCCCCUCGGAGUUAGAUGAUGCAGCAGCAGUAUCUAAUAGAACCAAAGAGUUUAAAACCACAUUUUUGUAGCAUAAACACAGCUAGAAGUACAGCAAAAUGACACCAUCAGUCCUGUCACCAUGGGCAACUGCUCACAUAAUACAUCGGUGUUUAACUUAUCUCUCAGUCUGAUACUCCAAUUACAGUUCUAUGACCUUGAAAAUGAUAAAUAUUAGACUGUAAAAGAUGUUAAAGUGUCAGGCUAAGGUUUUAAUACUAUCUUAAUAAACACAAGUAUUCACGUGU